AUGGCGGCGCCCAGCGCGCUCCUGGCCUGGUGCGUCCAACACCUGCGCGGGGACUUCGGACUGGACGUGGGCGAGGACGUGGUGAGGUACAUCUUGUCAAUCACAAACGAGGAUGAGAUCCGGGAGUACGUUGUUGACCUUGUUCAGGGCACCGACGGGAAGAAGAGCUGGUUUGUGGAAGAACUGCUGACCAGGUGGAGAAAAUCUGCCCAGCUGCCCUCUGAGCCUUUCCCAGCAUAUUGGAAAAAGGACGAGGCUUCAGAAGUGCCACGGGCUGGGGACCAAGGGAAGAAGGGGAAACGCAAAGGGCGGAACAAGCAGGAGACGCUGGCAUAUACCGAGCCCAGUGCUCGUGGGGAGGAGGUGAAAACCCCACUGGACCUGGCCAAGGCCCAGGAGAGCAGCAUUGGAGUCAGCAACAGUAGCAUUUCCUCUAAGAAGAAGCCCAAGUAUGUCAGCCUGUACACAAGGGAGGGGCAGGACAGGCUGGCCGUGCUCCUCCCGGGCCGCCACGCCUGCGAGUGCCUGGGCCAGAAGCACAAGCUCAUCAACAACUGCCUGGAGUGUGGGCGCAUUGUCUGUGAGCAGGAAGGCUCUGGGCUUUGCCUAUUCUGCGGGGCCCUGGUGUGCACUAAAGAAGAGCAGGACAUUCUUCAGCGGGACUCCAACAAGAGCCAUAAGCUGCUGAAGAAGCUCAUGGCAGGUGCUGAAAGUUCAGGGAAUUUGGAUGACGUAAGCAAAGGCUUGCUGCCUCACCAGGAAGCGAAACUGAAAUCAGGCCUGGAGAUGGCUGUGAAGCACAAAGACAAGCUGUUGGAAUUUGAUAGGACAAGCGUGCGUCGGACCCAAGUCAUUGAUGAUGAGUUGGAUUACUUUGCCACGGACUCCAACCAAUGGCUCUCCAAGCAGGAAAGGGAAGCACUCCAGAAGAGGGAGCAGGAGCUGCAGGAGCUGCGCCAUGCCUCUCGGCUUGCCAAGAAAAUCACCAUCGACUUUGCUGGCAGGCAGAUCUUGGAGGAAGACAACAGCAUGGCUGAGUACCACAGCAAACUGGAUGAGACCAUUGAGGCCAUGAGCUGUGGUGCACUGAGUAAACCAGCCAGGAGCCCUGGGGCAGAGAUGACACCAAACUCUGGAGUUUUGGUGAAUCCACGUCUCCUCCAGCCUGCUCCUUUGUGGGUGGACCAAACUGGUUUGCUCCCACAAAGGAAAACUAUUCAUUGUGUGAAGGCUGGAAGUGAGUCUGGCUUGGAGCGGAACAGGCUGCGGAUUCAGGACCGAGAGCUGCAGGAGAUCUCGGAUGAUGGUUGGUGCCUCAGCCUGCACCAACCUUGGGCUUCCUUGCUUGUGAGAGGAAUCAAAAGGGUGGAGGGCAGGACCUGGUACACAUCUCAUCGAGGGAGGUUAUGGAUUGCAGCUACUGCUAAAAGACCUUCCCCUCAGGAAAUCUCUGAACUGGAGGCCAGCUACAGAAUGCUACUCCAGAAAGAUGUGGAAUUUCCAAAUGAUUAUCCCUCAGGAUGCCUCCUGGGCUGUGUGGAUGUGACUGAUUGUUUAUCACAAGAGCAAUUUCAGGAGCAGUAUCCGGACCUGAGCCAGGAGUCCGGAUCUCCAUUUGUCUUUAUCUGCACUAAUCCCCAGGAGAUGGUUCUGAAGUUUCCCAUCAAAGGCAAACACAAAAUCUGCAGGAAGAAGAGGACAAGGAUGCUCCUCUGACGGAGUACAUCGCUAUGCCUGGCUUCUGACUUCUUUAUCAGGAGUUGCCCAAAAUCCCAUGUUCUCGUGUCCUGCUCCUCUCCCAGGUGGGAAAGCAGAGCUGGCUGUGAAAGACAAGGAGAAGCACUGUUUUCUCCAGGUCCCACUGGAGCUGCUGGCUGAGGUUUUCCCUGGUGGCAAAGGCAGCAGAUGGCCUUGGAGACCACCAACUUAGCAUGUGGCACCAUGGAGCAGAUGUCCCCAUCACACUGGGUGAUGCACACAUUGCACCAUCAUCCCAAGCUGAGGGUUUGUUGUCUCCAACAAACAGCAGCCUUUCGCUGCACCAUGGAGAAACAUGUCCCUAACACGUUGCUAGACAGUCCCCCAUCUCCUCCGAGCGUAUCAACACGCAUCCUGCGGGCAGGCGCAGGGAUCGGUUUCCCCCCUGGUAGUGGCAGGCAAGUGCUGGAUGUUAAUUUACUCUUCUCCUCGAAUUUCCCCCUC